CAGAGGAUCAUCAUGGCGGCAGGGAUUUAAAACUUUGCCAAGACUCAAACUGACACAGACAGAGACUGGAUUUUUUCGAAGAGAAGUGACUGCUGUUCAACACAUCUUUUCAGAGGAAGACUAGGACAGAUGUACAAACAUUGAGAAGUGAAAAAAAUUUCAGAGCUUCUGUUCAACACAACACUUCAGAGGAAGACAAAGAUAGAAGUACAAACACUUAGAUCUCUCAACUUGACUUCUGAAGUCGCUGGAGGAAUUGGUCAAAGAUGAUCUGAAGAAGUUUCAGUGGCACUUAAAGAAACAUGAGAGUAUAUCAACAUCUGAAAUGGAGGAUGCAGAUUGAUUAAAAACAGUGGAUAAGCUGGUGGAGUGUUUUGGGCCAGAAGAAGCUGUGAAGAUCACAGUCGGCAUCCUGAGGAAGAUGGACAAGAACAAUCUGGCUGUUCUGCUGGAAGAAGAACACAGGCAAGCUGAUAAAUGUCCAGUCCAGAUAAGCAGCAGUGCUCAGCCUGGAGCCAGUGUUGUUGAAGUGAAAGCUGAAACAGGUGCAAGUGUAAAUGCUCCUGUACUCGCUGGAAACACCUUCACUGGAACAGUUAACUUAAUCUACAGCUCACCUGAUGCAGGAAACGAUAAACACGGAUGCUCAGAGACAGCAGAGAAUAAAAGAGAAAAACAAGGCUCAGCUGCAGAGGACAGUAAAGCUAAUCAUAAUGAUUACAGAAAGGUCUUGAAGGAUAAGUUAAAACAGCAAUGUGAGCGGAUAUUGGUUGGUAAUUCACAGACGGGUCAGAAUAAAUACCUGGACGAUAUUUACACUGAUUUAUAUGUGGUGGAGAAUCAGACUGGAGGAAGAACGAAUGAACAUGAGGUGAUACAGAUUGAAUCAAAUCACAACAGACUGACUGCCAAGGACAGGCAGAUCCAGUGUAAUGACAUGUUCAAAGACCAUAUGGGUCGACAAAACAGAAAAGUGUUGACAGUGGGGAUUGCAGGAGUGGGAAAAACUGUCUCUGUCAAGAAAUUCAUCCUUGACUGGGCUAAAGGAAAAGAAAAUCAAGAUAUAGUCUUCAUUUUUCCACUCCCAUUCCGGGAACUGAAUUUGAUUAAAGAGGAGUACAGUCUCAUGGGAUUGCUUCACACACACUGCUUUAGUGGCCUUAAAGAGCUGACAUCUCUUCCUGAAGAUGGAAAUAAGGUCAUGUUCAUCUUUGAUGGGCUGGAUGAAUGUCGCUUCCCUUUGAGCUUUAAGCAGGGUGACCGUUUUACAGAUGUUAAUAAGAAAACAACAGUGAGUAAGAUAGUUACAGCCCUAAUCAAGAGACAUCUGGUUCCCUCUGCUCUCAUCUGGAUAACAUCCAGACCAGCAGCAGCCAGUCUGAUACCCCGAGAAUACAUUGACCAGGUGACAGAGGUACGAGGAUUCAGUGAUGAGCAGAAAGAGAAGUACUUCAUCAGAAACAGCAGUCCUGAGGUUGCUGAAAACAUUAUCCGUCACAUCAGAAAAUUCAGAAGUCUGUACAUCAUGUGUCACAUCCCGAUCUUCUGCUGGAUCUCUCUCACUGUUCUUCAGCCUCUGCUGGUUCGAGAGAGCAAUGACAAAACACCCACAACCCUCACAGGGAUGUACAUAAACUUUUUACUUUCACAGAAGCAACAGAUGGAAACAAAAUAUUGCGAUGAUCCUGAAACUAAUCCUAAAGUCAUGUCUUUUGAUGAUAUUAUUCUGAAGCUUGGGAAACUGGCCUUUAAACAACUACAGAAAGGUAAUCUGAUUUUCUACAAAGACGAUCUUGAGGAGUGUGGACUAGAUGCCAUUGAAGGUUCUGUGUACUCUGGGUUAUGCACCCGGAUGUUUAAGGAGGAAAAAUCUAUGUCAGUGAGAAACAUUUACAGCUUCGUACAUCUCAGCAUCCAGGAAUUACUUGCUGCUCUCUAUGUGUUUUUCAUUAACAAAAACAAGAAAGAAAACCCAUUUCUUAAAUCCUGGAAAAAACCGACAUGUAUCCUGUCCAAAAAGCCACUGCUUAAACUUCAUAAAGUUGCAGUCAAGAAGGCUUUACAAAGUGAGAAUGGACACCUGGACCUCUUCCUCCGAUUCCUCCUGGGUCUUUCAUUGGAGUCCAAUCAGAGAGACCUGAAGGAACUACUGCCAGGACUGGAGCUCAAAACAGAGGACACCAAAGACACUGCUGACUAUAUCAAAAAGAAAAUAGAGAUGGAGGAAUCAACAGAGAGGAAAAUCAAUCUGUUCCACUGUCUGAAUGAACUGAAAGAUGACUUUGUGGAGGAAAUCCAGAAGAAUCUGCGCUCUGGAAAACUUUCAGGGCAGAAUCUCUCCUCUGCUCAGUGGUCGGGUCUGGUGUUUUUGCUCCAGAUGUCAGAAGAGACUCAGGAGAAAUUUGAACUGCAGAAAUACAAAAGAUCGGAUGAAGCACUGAUGAGACUGCUGCCAGUCAUCAAAAACACCAAAAGAGCACUGCUACAGUGCUGUAAUCUCACUGCACAGUCUUGUGAGAGUUUGUCAUCAAUUCUACUGUCAUCAAACUCUAUCCUGAGAGAGCUGGACCUGAGUAACAAUGAUCUGAAGGAUUCUGGAGUGAAGCUUCUUUCUGAUGGACUGAAGAGUCUGAACUGUCAGCUUGAGAUUCUGAGGCUAUGUGGAUGUAAUCUCACUGCUCAGUCCUGUGAAAGUUUGUCCUCAGCUCUACAAUCCUCAAAUUCCCAUCUAAAUGUGUUGGACCUGAGUAACAAUGACCUGCAGGAUUCUGGAUUGAAGCUGCUUUCUGAAGGUCUGAAGAGUCCAAACUCUAAGCUGGAGAUAUUAAGAUUUUCCAUCUGUAAUCUCACUGCUCAGUCUUGUGGGAGUUUGUCAUCAGUUUUACAAUCCUCAAACUCUGUCCUGAGAGAGCUGCACCUGAGUAACAAUGUUCUGCAGGAUUCUGGUGUGAAACUUCUUUCUGAUGGACUGAAGAGUCCAAACUCUAAGAUGGAGAUAUUGAGAUUUUCCAUCUGUAAUCUCACUCAUCUGUCUUGUGAGAGUUUGUCAUCAGUUUUACAAUCACCAAGCAACUGUCUGAGAAAGAUAGACCUGAGUAACAAUGACCUGCAGGAUUCAGGAGUAAAGCUACUUUCUGAUGGACUGAAGAGUCCAAACUGUCAGUUGCAGAUUCUGAGGUUGUCUGGCUGUAUGGUGACAGAGGAGGGAUGUUGUUAUAUAUCUUCAGCUCUGACUUCAAACCCCUCACACUUGAGAGAGCUGGAUCUGAGUUAUAAUCACCCCGGAGAUUCAGGAGUCAAGCUGCUCCAGGAAAAACUGGAGGAUCCAAAUUGCUCACUGGAGAAAUACAAUGUGAAUGAUGGAGGAGAAUCCAGGAUUACAGCAGGACUAAAGAAAUAUGCCUGUUUUUUCACACUGGAUCCAAACACAGCAAACAAUCAUCUCAUUCUGUCUGAGGAGAACAGAAAAGUGACAGAUGUGCAAGAGAAACAGCCAUAUCCUGAUCAUCCAGACAGAUUUGAUGUAUUUCAGGUGUUGUGUAGAGAGAGUGUGUGUGGACGCUGUUACUGGGAGAUUGAGUGGAGUGGAGAUUGUGGUGUGUUUAUAUCAGUGUCAUAUAAGAGCAUCGGCAGGAAGGGACGGGGUGAGGAGUGUGAGUUUGGACGUAAUGAUAAGUCCUGGAGUUUGAUCUGCACUCCUGACAGUUACUCAUUCAGACACAAUAACAUAGAGACUGCUCUCCCUGUAGAGUCCAUCAUCAGGAGAAUAGGAGUGUAUGUAGAUCACAGUGCAGGAACUCUGUCCUUCUACAGCGUCUCUGACACAAUGAGCCUCAUGCACACAGUCCAGACCACAUUCACACAGCCACUUUAUCAUGGGAUUGGUUUUUCUUCUUAUGAAUCAUCAGUGAAACUGCUGAUGAAUUAGAAGAGUCUCACAAGAGAUUCUACCCAUAAUUCUUUGAGCUGCAUGAAUCAGUAACAGUGGGAUGUUAUAAAGUCUCUUCAUGACAUAAAAUCAAUCAAUAUCAACAAAAUAAAUUUUUUCAAUGCAGAGGAAACAGAAGCGGGACUUCGUAUUUGUAUUUACCCACUGUUUAAUGCAGGACAUGAAUGCAUUUGACCUGCAGUAACAAUUGCAUAAAUAAUGUUUUGAUAUAUAAGACAUAAAAUGUUAAAUACUCAUUUGAAAAAAAAAACAUUAUUAAUAAAAUCAAAAUAUACUUUAAAUGUGAAAUUAAAACUGCCAGUGAGUCAUUGCAAUUAAACCGAAUCAUUUAAACUGGUGAUUCAUUCAGGAACUAAACACCAUCAUUGUAGAGCGAGGCAAAACUGUGUUAUGGUGGCUGUGUUUGGAAUUAUUUUUGUUGUCGAAAUAGAGUAAAAACAGUUAAAUUCUAAUUAACUAAUUAAUUAAAUUCUUGUUUAUUGAACUGUUGUAAAAAACAAUCUAUGUAAUCAUGCUGAUUUUUGAAAAUAUGGCACUCUUCGUGUGAUAUUGAUUUACUAUAUGAAAUGAUAUAAAUAUAUAAAUUUUCUGCCCCAUAUCUUCAAUUGUGUGCAUUUUAGCAGACUGAAACAUACAGUGAAAGAACGCACUCUAAAUGUGCACGCACUAGUGUAAUCUACCAGACUUCACAGCACUGUAGGUGUUUUGUAUGGUUUUUGGCAAAAUACUGAUAAUGUCAAAUCGCACAUCAUUAAAAUAGCAAUUACAAUAUGAUCAUAGAAAAUAAAUAUCACACACCCUGCACCGCUGUCUUUUUGGCUAAUUUGUGCAAAACCUUUGCUAAACUGUCAAAGCUUAAUUUUAACCACCAAUGCAAAGAUGCAAGUUUUACCUUAAAUCUGUGUGCUUGCAAAGGGUUGAUGUCAAGAUUUAAUAAGCUGCAAGUUUGGUCUUUCUAUGCAAACACAACUUCAUAAUAGAGCUUAAAUAUGGCCAGGGCUUCACUUCAUUUCCUUCGAGUUCGAUUAUUUGACAGCUGCAGUCAGGGAAAAUGAAAGAAAAACACUGUAGUUAAAAUAUUUAAUAUUUACAUAUGAAAGUUUAUUUCUUGAAGUUAUGUGGGUUUCUUAGAACGAAUUCAAGCAGGAUAAAUGUCAAGCCUGUGUCUGAGCCUGUGCUUAUAUUUUCUCUAAGCUACACCGUAUUAAACCAGAUUUUAGAUUUGACACAUUUAAAAGGUGUGCAGUAUUAUUUAUAUUAUAUGAAUUAUGUGUUAUAUUAUUCAAAAUAAGUUGUGGUUCACUUUGCAUCGGAGCAUUAAAAGUAGUAGCCUAUUUUAGUGAGCUAGGCUACAUGGAUUAAUAUGCAAAAUGUCAAUAUUCUCACAUAUUAGGCCUAUAUUUUAAUUCAUAUUUUACAAUUCCUUAAAACAGCAUGCAUUUUUCUUAUUCAUUACAUGUCCUUUAUUUUGACAGUUAACUUGUUGGGAAAAAUAUAUUUUUCUGUACACUGAUUAAGAAAUUGUUGCAUGUUUUAUUAAUUAUUUCCUUUAUUUUAGUAAAAUGUGAGGCACUGUAUAAUUUCGUUCACAUUAUUUAGGCCUAAUUAGCCUAAAACAAGAAACGAAUAAAUUAAACCAGCACGAUUAAAUCUUUGAAACUCUAAACGUCCUCACGAUUAAACUCAAGUCCUCUCAUUAUAAUCGACAAAAUGCACAGAAUGUAAAAAAGAGCUUUAUUAAUUGACAACUUCAGUGAUUUUAAAGGGAGCCUUCUUUACUUGCUUUCAUAUAAUUUAAGUAAAAAAAAUUAAAUUGCAGCCACAUUUAAAUGCAGGUGUGUAAAAUGUCAGAGUGCAAGAUUUGUGCAGCGCUGAUGCUGAGUGCGAUGUGCAGCAUUUAUUCUUAUUUGUUUUAUCUUCAUUACAAAUCUUGUUUAGUUUUAUUUUGGAUAAUUGGAUGUUAAAACAUAUUUACGUUUUAAUGCAUAUGCAAAAUGUGAAUUAAUAUUCAUAUUCAAAUAUUUGUGCAAAAAUUAUUAAUGUGCAUGCAUGACAGGGAGACGGCGUCUCGAUCACUUUAAUUUUUUUCUGAUAAUAAAAUAACUUAAAAUUGUAAUGUUUCACAUACAUGAGAAAUAUAUCUACAGAAAGCUUGAAAUGUCUUUUAAAGGAAUGUUAGAUUAUUUCAUGAUCUCUGUCAGAUAUUACUGUGAGGUUGCAAUCCCUCCUCCCUUCUAACUUGCUCCUUCCACAGAUGUUUCCUGUUUUUGCAACAUAUAAGUGUUUUUGUCUUCUCUUUAUCUCCUGCCCUCCAUCUCUUUGUCCUAUGUUUUUCUCCCUCCUCCCAUCUGUGUUUUCUCUCUCUAUGGUUUAGUCUUAUGUCUCUUUAUCCAAAUGUAUACCCGCAUGCGCAGAUGAUACCUAAAGGUGAAUCGGUGAAUAUUGGUGGGGGGACCUUUUAGGCCCAGGUUGUUGAGUUUAGUUUGACCUUUGCAGAAAGUUGAAAUGCUCAGUGCCAGUAUUAUUCCUUAUAUGUCCAGUAAUUCCUGAUCACAUGUAUGUGUAUAUUACUUGUUGUUUUGGCUCAUGCUCAACACAUAUUUAAUCCAUAUCUUAUAGGAUAAACUAAAGCACAACCCCUUGCAGUACAACUAUAUAAUGUGUGAAUGUAAUAAUAAACUUGGAAGAAGUUU